AUGAGACUACUUGUGUUUCUUACAACAAUUACUAUAAUAUUAAUUUGUGAUGUAGAAUCAUUCGAUUACAGGCAUCAUGUGUACCAAAUAAUGCUUGAAAACAACAUAACGUUGCCAAAAAAGACUUACAUACGACGAGAUUAUGGAAAUAUUACCAGAUAUUGUACAAAUACCACAAAAAAGUGUAUAUGGAAAUGUUGUAACUUCGGAGAAUCAGUUGAAGACAAGCGAUGUAUUCCCGCCAAACACAACUUCAACAACAACACCAAGGACAAUCUAUCAAUACUAAAUGAUGUACUUAUAUAUGAUUCGAAAGGGCUACGGACAGCUAAGACUCUCCAAGAUAAAUUCCACUUAGUUCCAAAUCAUUUUUCUAAUGAAGAGUUCAGAAUGAAUUCGCUUGCAUUAAAUAUAUAUUUUGAAAUAUAUUUAUCAGAGGAUGGGGUGUUAUUCUAUGACAUAGACAACAAUGGUUACAGUAAUGUUAACGUAUUUGAUAAAAUAAGCGUAAACAAUUUUUGUAUAGAUGAAGAAAAUUACGUAAUCAAUUUCUUUGUUGACUUUGGUAAUGAACACGUAACACCGAAACCAGAUUCAUUAUAUUACAGAACAGUUGCGCAUAUACUGUGUGUAAUAUUGGUGACGUCUGUCCUAGUAAUGUAUUGUGUCCGCCCACAUCUCCGGGACCUCCACGGAAUGUUAGUGAUGACUCUCCUCUGUUGCUACCUCGGCAAAAGUAUUAUAGAAAUACACCAUAUCGUCUUUAUUCACGUUAUUAGCCGAAAGAUUGUCUUGCUUAUGGAAACAUUGCAUAUCUUCUGUAAUUUGGCAACAUAUUCAUUGACCAAUGUGAUGUUCCAUAUUGUAUGGAAAUCAAUAAAAUUAGGAGGAAACACAAUGAACACGCGUCGAAAUAAAAUCAAACAAUACAUCAAGUACAUCGCGUAUGCUUUUGGUCUUCCUCUGAUUCUAACUUUAGCAAUUUUAUAUAUAAAUUCAGUGGACAUGAGAUCUAUUUCGUGGUUUAUUACACCUAAAAUGGACAGUAUACUCACUUGCACAGGAAAGGAGAUGAUUGUGUACAUCUAUAUCCCCGGGAUGAUUUUGUUCUUGUACAAUAUAUUUUUAUGUUGUUUAAUCAUACCAAAGGUGUACGAAGGAUUUUUCGGCAGUCUUAUAAUGACUUAUACUUACAACGACGCGAUCAAAUAUGACGUAAUAAGUUUCUCGCAAAAUAUGAAACUUAUGACGUUCAUGACAAUCUCGGAGACUGCGAAUGCUUACAGUACAUGGAACAUGACGCUGUACGGAAUAGUAUCAACAAAUAAGUGGCUGUUAGGAGUUGUCAUUGUACUCAUAUUUCUACAUGACAGUAAUGCUAAAAGAAAAUGUCCUACAACUCCUGUACGCCAGAAUAUGCUGAGCAUGACGGAGAUGCAAUGA